AUGUCAUCUCCUGCGAACACCACCAAUGCUUCUGAUGCCGACGAGGCUACGUCCAAUAACAAUGAGACUACUGAGCCCCUCGGCGUGACCUUUGCAGGUGUACAAGCCGUUCUGACUGAACACAGCCUCCCACUCAAUAUCGGAAGGGACGAUCUUCGCGACCUCAUGCUAUUGACAUUGGCUGACCUUCGUGACAACAUACUCUUGGAAUACGGUACCCAGCAUACUCGUGUGGCUCCCGCUGCUCUGGCAAGAUCAUUUGAAGACUAUGUUCGUGAUCUUCUGCGUCUGAUUGACGAAGCACUCACUGCUCUUGGGUUGAUCGUUCUUUUCUUAUUGCUACAUUAUCUAAUCUUAUCCAAUGUCUUUCAUAUAUCACCCCUCUUCAUUCGUAAACAUGACAUGAUGCACGCUAAUUAUCUAGUUUCAUCGCAACAACACCCAGAGCAGCGCCGGCGAUUUCAACCAAGGUAUGAAGAUAAAGAGGCCGCUUGA